UAUGGCUGACAAAGUAGCUGUCGUUACUGGUUCUAAUAAAGGCAUAGGAUAUGCCACAGUACGAGAACUGUACAAACGUGGUGUAAAAUAUGUUUACCUUACAGCAAGGGAUGUUCAACGAGGCCAGAAAGCAAUUGAAAAUUUAAAACAAGAAGGUUGGAAUCCUCUUUUUCAUCAACUUGAUGUUACAGAUAAGGACAGCGUUAAAAUAUUUGCUGAGCAUUUGAAACAAAAGCAUGGAGGCAUAGAUAUCCUUAUUAAUAAUGCUGCAAUUUCUUCAUCAAAUUUCACAGAAACAUCUUAUGAAGAUUCAGUACGUGUGAUCGAUGCUAACUACUUCAGCAUACUAACCAUUCAAGAGUACAUAUUUCCGAUUUUGAACGAUAGUGCCCGAGUCAUAAACAUAUCAAGUGAUUGUGGGCAUAUCUCUAAUCUAAGAAAUAAAUAUUGGAUCAGUAGACUUACAAAAGAAGAUACUAAGCAAGGAGAUGUUAAUGCAUUCGUGAACUGGUUUUUGGAUUCUGUCAAAAAUGGAACUCUUGAUCAAGAAGAUUUCCAGGAAAUGCCUCUUUUAGCGUAUAGAAUUUCAAAAAUUGCUCUUUGUGCCUUAACUCGAGUUCAACAAAAAGAAGUAGGACGAAAUAUAUCUGUAAACUCCUUACAUCCAGGGUUUGUCAAAACCGAUAUGACUAAAACGACAGGUUUCAUAACUAUAGAAGAAGCUAGUAAAGCUCCUGUUUACUUAGCACUUGAUGUUGAUCAAUCUGUGAAAGGAAAAUACUUCUGGUACGAUAAGACCGAAAGAGAGUGGGCAGAUCCGAAUCAAAAAUUACACUGCACCUAUGAGGUAAUUGAUAAGUGUUUAAGAGAACUGAAUCAAGCUUGA